CUCCAAGUGGGCGGCAAAGUGCGCAAACAGUGUCGGUCGCAGAUGGGAUCGACGACUCAGCUGGCAAAUGUAAACAAACCAGAACAAUAACAAAAACGACGUCAUGCGAGAGACAAUCACGCUCAUGACAGCUGACUUGGAGCCGUCCAUGACACCUCAUGUUAUCCAGCCCUAGUUCUCCAGAGCAGCUAUGGAAACAGAACUGUGACGGUCAGUCAUCGGGAAAGAUAAAUUGUACCCUCUUAGAAUUUUAGAAGAAAGACUUAAAAGAAAGAAAAUUAGUUAGAUGGAACUGGAGCCUUACUGACUGCCUCAUCACUAUGCAGCCGCCAACUCUUGUAGAUCUAUGUCUAGAUGUUACAUGCUCAAUCCCAGCAGAAUAUUAUAUAAGGCUGCCACUGCCCCUAAAGGACAGACUUCUCACUAAGUUCACAAAAAGAGGAAGUUGCACAGACACCAUUCUUUCCUCUCUUCUCCACUCUCAACUUACAAGUUUAGAUUUAAGGGACUGUCAGAUUUCAGGCAAAGGGUUAGCAUGUCUGGAUGUUGCCAAGCAUCUCCAGGUUUUGCACUUGCCACAACCACCAGUAGUCCGUGAUAACCACUUCUCUGAAUACUCUCUCAUUAGACUGGGUGAAGGCAAGACCAGGCUAAGAAUUAUCACCCUCAAUGGCCUCUCAGGAGUGACGGACCGUGUGGUUGGCUCGUUAGUUGGAGGUUGUCCGUUCCUCCAAGAACUCCACAUUCCUAAUACCACGAUCACCAACCAUGCUCUCACUGCAAUAGCCACCUUAACACACCUUGUCUGCCUCAACAUUGCUAGAACACAGGUCACAGACGUAGGGAUCCAGCACCUUGUAGGGGGAGGAGUACGCCACAGUCUCCAGGAGCUUCGAGUCGAUGGAUGCGCACGCCUCACAGACGAGAGCAUUGAGACCCUCUGCCUCUGCUGCUCUCGUCUGAACAUCCUUUGUUUCCAUCACUGUCCCAGAGUGUCAGAACGAUCCAGAGAAUUACUUGGAGAACUCAUGGCCUGCAAGAUGAAGCAGAUCACAUGGACUGUGUACUAAGCAUCUGCUGCCACUAACCGUCACACACCACACACAGAAGUAAACAUCUCAGAAAUCAAGGUUGUAAUAUUUAAUGGGAUCACAUGGGCUUGCAUUAUAAGCAGCUGCUGUUUAUAGAAAGGAGAAGAACAUGAAAUUCAUCAUCAUGACUAUGUUCACUUUCAUACUCUUUAUGUAAGUAGCUCAUUUUAUUGUACGCUAAUUUUUUUUUUUCUCGGUUCUUGCAACUAGGGUGAGGUAAAUGCAGUUUUCAUAUGUGCGACACCUGUGUUAAUGCUCAGAUAUUUACAUUCAUUUCAUAAUUAGAAAUAUUAAAAGACUAACAGUGACAAUUAGACAGACAUGAAUAAUUAUCAGUGUGAUGUGAUUUUUCUAAAAGAGGAUCUAUAAUAAAUUAAUAUUUGUUU